AUGGAUAACGGCUUUGACACCUCACCUAACCUGGCCGGCUUCUUACACUCAGAAGACGAGUCAAUUUUCUAUGAUGAAGAUCUACGUCCACUACGCGAUGAUGCAGCCUUCCGCGAGAGGCUCCAAGAGUUGGAGCAACCGGGUGAUGAUCGCAGCAGCGCUUCCUCUGAAGCCUGGAUCAUAAGGAGCACGAUCAAGGAUGAGAUAUCCAGGUCUGGAAAGUUGGCAACCCAUGACGGUAGUGACCAGCCAAUAGGAAUUGAGCUGCCAGCGGGUUCUAUUGCGGUCGCUCCUGACGGGACAGUAACCCAGGGUCAUAGGCCUGAACACCUGUCGUUGACGCAGUUAAUGCUCAGAGACGUUGUUGGUAUAAAGAAUCUCAGACUGUCCAAGAACCGAGGAGGGGAUGCACACUCUUCCCUUCUUCCAUCCUCAUCGCAAGGCCUUUCCAGCACGAAACCCGCUACAUGCCCAACGUGUGCAUGUCUCCAAGAUGUAUAUGGCAAGACCACUCUGCAGGAGCUACGACGAUCCCAAGACAGAUGUAAAUAUUGCCAACUUGUUGUUCAGAUCCUCGAGUUCUACAAGUCUGGUCUCGACGGAGAGAACAGGGUCCGGAUAUUUGCACCUCUCACUAAAAACGACACUCUUCGUAUCUGCUGUCAGUGCGGCAUGGCGAGGGAGUCCGAGAUACCUUUCAUGAUCGAGGUUUUUGACUUACCUAGUCAUCGUCCCUUGUACCCGCCCAUCAAGCCCGCAGCCGACAUCUCCGGCGAUACUUCCUCCCCAGAAGCGUUUGCCAAAGCUCGUUAUUGGCUUCAACACUGCGUUGAUGACCAUAAGGGCUGCGCGUCCAAUACCAACGUCCGCCUUCCGACCCGCCUAGUCAGAAUAAGACGUGACCCUUUCACGCAUUUGACUACCAUCAAACUUAUUGAGACCAACAGUUCUUUUGGUCGAUAUGCCUGUCUCAGUCACUGCUGGGGUCCUCAAGGCUCCUCCGGCCUCCUCCGUACGACAUCUGCCAACUACGAGGCCCAUCUCAAUGCAAUCCCGAUACAAUCCCUACCGCGGACGUUCCAACACGCCCUAAUUACUACUCGUCGUCUUGGACUUGACUUGAUCUGGAUCGACUCACUAUGCAUUAUUCAGGGGGAUGAGGCCGAUUGGACUCGAGAAGCCGCGCGCAUGGGGUCAUACUACUCCAGCGGCUACGUUACCAUUUCCGCAUCCUGGUCUCCCCGACCUUCGGGAGGAUGUUUCAACCUCUCUGAGCCAGAGUUCAUUGGACGCCGACUUCCUAUCCCUGACAGUUUUAAUUCUGUCUCUGUCCGUCGAGUGUUGGACCAUGGGAGCCGCUGGCCGCUACUACACAGGGGAUGGGUUUUCCAAGAGAGGAUGCUGUCACCUCGAGUUCUACAUUUUGGUUUGAGAGAAAUUGUUUGGGAGUGUCUCACCUGCACAGCAUGUGAGUGUGGCAUGAGUGACGCCUUGCAGGCAGAAUUGUCAAAUAAGCGCGAAUAUACACAAGCGAUGGGCAACACAGAGAGAGACAGGUUGAAAGAUGCGUGGAGAGACAUGGUGCAACAAUACAGCGGACUCGAUCUGACGUUUGCAAGCGAUAGAUUCGCAGCUAUCGCUGGCGUUGCAAAGCAGAUGCAGGGGUACCGACAUGCCAAUUAUUUUGCAGGACUGUGGGAGGAUUCCAUGAUAGGAGACAUGCUGUGGAGAAGCUUUCGAUCACCAGGGGAACAAAUGAAACCGAGGAAUGAAGGAAACAAAGCUCCAACGUGGUCGUGGGCUUCAGUGGAGGCGCCAUGGAUCACCUAUGAGCAUUUGGGGACGCGCCUGGGAGCGAGAGGAAGGACUGUCUCGUUUGAAAGGAUUGAGGACACGUAUGCGAAGAUUUUGAGUAUUUCAGGCGAACCGCUUGCGGAUGGAAGCUUUGGGGAUAGCGAACUCGGUGCUAUUAUCAUUCAAGGAAGCUGCAUUAGGGGACGAGUAGUUCAUCGCCCCUUGCAUCAACCUCCUAGUUCAGAUAUACCAGCCAGGGGUACUAGUUAUUCUGAGUGGUACGAGGCAAGGAAGCACGAACUGAAAGCUGAGAUUGUUCUGGAUGAUGGCUACGAACCGAGGUUUCACACCGACUACGGGUUGAAUGGCCGAAGACAUAUGAUCGAGUGGGAUUAG